AUGACCGAUCCAAAGAAGCCAGCUAACAACAACGGCCUGCCGCAGCCUCCUACUGCCGAAGACGCUGGAAAGACCGAUCCCCUCGAUGGUAUUCUUGGUACACGACCUGAUUGCAAGUAUGUAAAGAAGAAACUUCUUGGACAGGGGAGUUUUGGCAGUGCUUGGCGCGUGGAAGAGACGGAGACUGGGACAAUUUACGCAGCUAAAGUUAUGGAUACAAAUAAUAUGAGCACAAAGGACCGUGGAUUUGUAACGAAUGAGGUGAAAUGUCUCUCACGCUGCAAUAAUGCUAAUAUUAUUCGACACCGUGUAUCAUAUGAGCGAGGUGGUAUGCUUCUUAUUAUCAUGGAGUAUGCUGAUGGUGGAGAUCUGUAUAAGCAGAUUAAGGCUCGACAACAGUCGAUGCGGUACUUUAAAGAGCAUGAAGUUUUAUUUAUAUUUUUACAGCUAUGUCUUGCUCUGGAUCAUAUUCACAUGAAUAAGAUGAUGCACCGUGACUUAAAGACGGCUAAUGUUUUAUUAACCACGACAGGUCUUGUAAAGUUGGGUGAUUUUGGUUUCUCACGUCAGUAUGAGGACUCUUUGUCGAACCCCGUUGGUUCUACCUUUUGCGGGACACCUUAUUAUCUAAGUCCGGAGUUGUGGCGACGUGCGCCGUACAGUAAGAAGAGUGAGAUGUGGGCCCUUGGUGUGGUGUUGUAUGAAGUGAUGGCCCUCAAACGUCCCUUUGGUGGCCGCAACAUGGAUGAACUCAUUGACAACAUUCUGCACGCCCGCCGCCCGCCGCUGCCAUCCAUGUACAGCGAGGAACUUCGCAAUGUGUGCGAUCAACUUCUCUCGCUGGAUCCCAAGUACCGCCCAUCGCUGCGGCAACUCUUCCAGCAGCCGUUCAUCCGCAAGGGGCUGGAGACGCUGAAGCGGAGUGUGGAGAACCACAACCGCAUCCCGCCCGAUGUGCAGGCGGAGAUUGCCCGCAACGUCGAUGAGGUCCUCAGCUCGGAGCUGCAGGACUACGACACGGGCCGCGUGGUCCCCCGCACCGGCACCGUCCGCCGCCACACCGCCGACCGCGGCUGGCAGGAGUGUGAGUUGACGCUCAACGAGGAGGGCGUCACGAUGUGGGACAAGGAGACCGGCGCCGUCGAGACCGUGCCGCUCGCCGCCCUCACAUCCGUCUGCCCAAUCGACGCGGUGAUUGCAAACGAGAAGUACGUCUUCGCGAUGAAGAACCAGACAGGGAAGGCAUUCUGGUUCAAGGAGGAUAAUGAGACAUCGUACGAGGAGUGGCUCACAGCUCUUCAGAACGCCAUGCCAUUCUAA